CGGCAGCUCCUCCCCCCGACCUGAAUGAAGACAAGCUAGUCAGACCUCCGCUAGUGCUAACUAAACUGCGGAACUAAGCAGCCGUUCCUGCUCGACAUUUGUAGCUUAAGUUUCAGUGCAGCGUUAACACGGAGGCCUUCCUUACCGAUAGCCCCCUUAAGUGUCUCUCCGAGUUUAGCCAAGGCAACAGACGACUACAGUCACAAGUUGCUGGUUAUGUUACCGUUAGCUUGCGUUAGUUGCGUCGUUUGACAGCUAAGGCUAACGCUAGCUAGCUAGUCUCAUUGGUAUUCGACGUCAGUUUCAAAACAAAGCCCGCAAAACGGAGAAGUUUGGACUGAGCUGUCAGCCCCGUGGAAGCUUGCUACAGGAAAGCUUGCUAGGUUGAAGUCUUUCAAAACACGGAAGAUAAAUUACGCUAGCCAGCCACUGUAAAGUACACCCAGUUCAUGCCUUAAUUAAUGUUAUUUUGCUGACGGUGAAGCUAAGUUGUAGAAGCUGUCAGCAGGUUUAGCUCCGUUCAGUUGGAGCUGAUCAGCUAGCGUGGCUCUGCCUGUAAAAUCAGAUUCAAGUUUUCUCUCAAGCUUGGACUUAAAUGUCUGAAAAGAGUUCAUCGUCGGGUUCAGAUGAGGAUGUGGACCCGGAAUCUGGGCAGCCUGUGGAGUUCGGAGGUGUUUUAAGCAAGUGGACAAACUACAUACACGGAUGGCAGGACCGAUGGGUUGUAUUGAAAAACAAUACUUUGAGCUAUUAUAAGUCGCAAGAUGAACGGGAAUACGGAUGCAGGGGGUCUUUGUGCCUCAGCAAAGCGGUCAUCACUCCUCAUGAGUUCGACGAGUGUCGUUUUGACAUCAGUGUGAAUGACAGUGUCUGGUACCUCAGAGCUGAGGAUCCUGAACACAGACUCCAGUGGAUAGAAUCAAUAGAGCUACACAAGGCCGAGUCCGGUUAUGGUUCAGAAACCAGUCUGAGACGUCAUGGUUCCAUGUUGUCUCUCACAUCAGCAGCCAGUGCCUUGUCUGCCACAUCCACAUCCUCCUUUAAGAAGGGCCAUAGGUUGCGUGAGAAGCUAGCAGAGAUGGAGACCUUCCGGGAUAUUCUGUGCAGACAAGUGGACACCCUGCAGAAGUACUUUGACUCCUGCGCUGACGCUGUCUCCAAAGAUGAAUUUCAGAGAGACAGAGUAGUAGAGGAGGAUGAAGAUGACUUUCCCACUACAACUAAAGCUGAUGGAGAAUGCAACCACAACAACAAUGGCAGCAAAGAAAAAUUGUUUGCCCCUGCCAGUCCCAAAGGUAUCAACGGUAUAGACUUUAAGGGUGAAGCCAUCACAUUCAAGGCCACAACAGCAGGCAUCUUGUCAACCUUGUCCCACUGUAUCGAACUGAUGGUCAAGCGAGAAGACAGCUGGCAGAAGAGACUGGACAAGGAGAUGGAGAAAAGAAGAAGAGUAGAAGAUGCCUAUAAGUCUGCUAUGAAUGAACUAAAGAAAAAGUCACACUACGGAGGACCGGACUACGAGGAGGGGCCCAACAGUCUGAUAAAUGAAGACGAGUUCUUUGAUGCAGUUGAAGCCGCACUUGACAGACAAGACAAGAUAGAGGAACAGUGCCAAUCAGAGAAGGUCAGGAUAACUCGACUAACUCCAGUUCCUCCUGGAGACGCCUACUCUACCAUUGGUACACAUCGAUUUGCCAACAAGCCCCAUAGCUAUUCUUCCUCCCUGUCCUCGGUUGAGUUAGUCAGUGCUUCAGAUGACAUUCACAGAUUCAGCGCUCAGGUGGAGGAGAUGGUGCAGAAUCAUAUGACUUACUCUCUUCAGGAUGUGGGUGGAGAUGCCAACUGGCAGCUUGUAAUAGAGGAAGGAGAGAUGAAGGUGUACAGGAGAGAAGUGGAAGAGAACGGUAUUGUUCUGGAUCCUCUAAAGGCCACACAUGCUGUGAAAGGAGUCACAGGACAUGAAGUCUGCCACUACUUCUGGGACACAGCUGUCCGAAUGGACUGGGAGACCACUAUUGAAAAUUUCAACGUAGUGGAAACCCUGUCCGAUAAUGCCAUCAUCGUUUACCAGACACACAAGAGAGUCUGGCCUGCCUCUCAGAGGGACGUGCUCUAUCUGUCAGCCAUCAGGAAGAUCCUGGCAACAAAUGAAAACGACCCAGACACAUGGCUGGUCUGCAACUUCUCUGUGGACCAUGACAAUGCUCCUCCUACAAACCGUUGUGUUCGUGCCAAAAUCAAUGUGGCCAUGAUCUGCCAAACACUGGUCAGCCCACCAGAGGGAGAUAAAGAGAUCAGCAGAGACAACAUCCUUUGUAAGAUCACCUACGUUGCCAAUGUAAACCCGGGCGGCUGGGCUCCAGCUUCUGUGCUUAGAGCCGUGGCCAAAAGAGAGUAUCCCAAGUUCCUCAAACGCUUCACCUCCUACGUCCAAGAGAAGACCGCUGGGAAACCAAUCCUCUUCUGAACAGGAAAAGUUUUAAGCUCACUAAGGGCUCAAGUUGCUCAGUGGAGACACUACAACGUUCAACACUGAAUGGACUCGUGGUGAUCACAUGACCCAUUCUCCUGCCAAUCAGAAUGUGUUCACACUACUACAUGUCGGAGACCGUACCAUCCAUGUCCCGCAGGACGCCGUCUAAAGAAGAGACUGGUUUUACGGCUUUAAUCCAUCAGUAGUUGCCAUCCCAUCUGCUGGUCGAGGGUACAUCUUUAUGUAUAUUGAAGAGUUUCCUAAGUGGUUUUUGACUUGAUGUUACCAAUUAUUUGCUUUUUUUUGUAAAUUGUUUUGUAUAUUUCUUAUGAUUACACACUUACUGAGUUUUGGGGUUUGCUUUAAUCACUAGUAUUACAGCUGUUUGUUUUGCUGCUGCUAAAGUAACUACCGUGUCAGAGGACAGUAGGUGAUUGGACGACAGGACAAGCGUUGAUGAGGCGUGGUACCGUAUCUCCUCUUUCUUGCCUUCUCCUGUCCCUCCGGUGAUGACUCUCUUUGCAGUUUGAUGGAGGGUCAGAGCCUAAAGCUUUGAACAUGAUUUUUUUUUCUCUUUUCUUGAAAAUCUUUAUAUUUCUAGAUUGUUAUAAAUUAGCUUUCAGAGAGCACCAUGGACACAAUGUAUUGUACAGAGAAAACAAAAUAAGUUAGUUUAUCAAUGUGAGAAAUGUGAAUUUGACUGUUAAACGCUUGAAUUUGACAACAGCGACGGACCAAGAAAACCCCGAGUGGGAGAUAAAGAGAAUUUGUAAUGUCUUAUUAACUCAUGUUUGGCAAUAUUUGUAUUGGACGUGGUUUCACUGAAUACCAUUAACUGGUAUGUGUGAUGCAGUCAGUGUGUAUCAGUCUUAAAACUACAGGUACUUCCAGCUGACCAGCCAUAUUGUCUAAAGAUUUCUCUCUUUUUUACAGAGAUCUCUAGGUACAUUUCACGCCCCGUGUUCUUUUUCCUCCAUGAAAUAUUUUCCAUUGUGAUGUUUGUGGGACUGAGACUCUGUUAAGUAACACGUUAAAGGACAUCAUCUACACCCUACGUGUUCAGUCGUACUGUAACAUUACAUUUCACACGCUGCACUACAGCGCGGUGGCGUCUCAGCCCUCUGACUGAUAAAACACCCCCAGAAUGCCUUAGACGCCAGGUCCCAUACUAAAAAUCCUGGUUAUCUCGUAUGUACAGCCACCAGAUGUGCAUUUAUCAACACUGAAAUGAAACGGGAGGGGGAAGAGUCAGCAUUUCACAUCAUCUUACCUCAAGAAUGAAAUUUACUCUAGAUUGUUUUUCUUUUGUCUUACCCUCUAACGUUGGGAUUUUUGCAAUCAGCAAAUCUGUGUGGCUGAACAGUCGCCAUCAGAUUCUUGGUCUUGCGGGGGGGGAUCAGAGGAUUGAAGGAUUGGAAUAAUUAUUCUGCUUAUGAUCACAAGAGCAAGAUUUAGGAGCAGUGUCAGCGGGAGAAUGCAUUUAGUGUUUUUAAUUAUAUUUGUCAGUAAUCUACACACUUUGUAUAUUUCUAAGUUGUACAUCAGAAGUGUUAUUAUUUGCACUAAAUGUAAUGCAAUUUGACAAUGUUCUGUAAAUUAAAAUUGUUACACAACAGGAA